AUGGCCGAGGAUUUUUCCAGCUCAAGCGUUGCUACUCCAGACAUGGUGGCGGCAGUGUUUGCGGCGGCCUUAGAACAAGUCGAGCCGCCUGCAUCUCUUCCUGCACCGAGCCUGCCGGGCAAGCGACAGAAAAGGUGCAGGGAUGGUUCUGGCUUCUCUUGCCGCCCUUCAUCUCUCACGUGCUGUACAGACUCUGAAAAGCAAGCGUUUGCUCUGGGCCGAGCUGGCAAGUUGUCGACCACUCUGACCUCCAAAGAUGCUGAGAGGCAUGCACGGCAUGCCCUGAUUCCUGCGAGCAGCAAAGAAAGCGACUCUGCUACCCAUCUAGGCUUGGAGGGCCUCCUGCACUGCCGGGGGCGCCGCUAUCGAAACUCGAUGCUGAAGGUGCUCCUUCAUGCGUGGCUACGUGCUGUGGCCUCCUCGGCCUCAGGGCAAGGCCCCCGUGUCACUGGGGACUCGAAGUUCCUUACUUUUCAGGUGCCAGUGCAGUCCGCUGCCUGGAACGCCUGGCGCCGUGCCACUGCGGCGGCGGCCCUCCAGCGACGCCAGGAUGCGUUGGAUACGGUGUUGAACACGAACCUGGAGCUUGUGCAGGAUUGCCAGGAGAUAGCCGUCAAAGUUGCUCUGCAGCGCUUGGUUGCGGCGGCGGCGUGCUGA